UUGGCCCUCGAUUUAGCUUGAAGGAGCGAUUGAACAACUUUGGUCACUUGCGGGGAUGAUAUGAUCUCAGGAAUAUGAAUCGAGCUGUCUAAAACAAUCUAUUGAUUUUAGCUUUGGAAAAUAGGCUCAGUUUCGUAGUGAUGAGUGCAAUUCAGAAAUGUAUUGGAAUAAAUGACCAAACUAUGGGUAACUGUAGCUAGCUACCGGACAGGAGUGCUAGCUAGACACGUUAGCUUACUAGGUUCAUUAAUAGCUUUAGGUUGGUUGUUUUUAAGUUAAACUUCAAGAUUUCCACCAAGGACGUUGCCUCUCCCAUCACCACUCUCCCUCGCUUGGGAGUCCCCCUCCACCCUCCAGGAGUCCCCAGGUCAAUCGCCUCUCCGUACUUUACUGCUGGUUCUGGUCGACUGCAGGAAAACACCGGGGCAGAGUGGAACUGAGAGACUAGAAGAGGAACAUGGAGAUAUGAUUUCAUUAAGGGACAUCCCUUAUCGUUGCUCUCUAAGUGGGAGGGGCUUAUCAUCUGGGGAGCCUCAACAACAUCAUGAUGCUGACAAGAAAGAGAAGAGUCUCUCCAGAUCGAAACACCGGCAUAGAGGUAGAGGGAAGAAACCUCAACACUGCUCUGUCUGUGGGAAGAGUUUUGCUAAACAAGACUUGACUAUUCAUGAGCAAAUUCACCCCGGAGAGAAACCGUUCCACUGCUCUCGGUGCGGGAAGAGUUUCACUGCAUCUAAAACUGUAAAAUCUCACCAGAGAAUUCAUACAGGGGAGAGGCCUUAUCCCUGCUUUAAUUGUGAGAAAUGCUUCAAACAAUCAGGAUUCCAGACUACACAAAAACACACAGGACCGCCUUAUAGCUGUGAUCAGUGUGGGAAGAGAUUCAAUCAAUCAGGAGCCCUGACUAGACACCAACGCAUACACACAGGAGAGAAGCCUUAUAGCUGUGAUCAGUGUGGGAAGAGCUUCAAUCAAUUAGUACACCUGACUAUACACCAACGCAUACACACAGGAGAGAAGCCUUAUAGCUGUGAUCAGUGUGGGAAGAGCUUCAAUCAAUUAGUACACCUGACUAUACACCAACGCAUACACACAGGAGAGAAGCCUUAUAGCUGUGAUCAGUGUGAGAAGAGUUUCAGGACGUCAGAUCACCUGACUAACCACCAAUGCAUACACACAGGAGAGAAGCCUUAUAGCUGUGAUCAGUGUGGGAAGAGCUUCAAUCAAUCAGGACACCUGACUAAACACCAAUGCAUACACACAGGACAGAAGCCUUAUAGCUGUGAUCAGUGUGGGAAGAGCUUCAAUCAAUCAGGACACCUGACUAAACACCAACGCAUACACACAGGAGAGAAGCCUUAUAGCUGUGAUCAGUGUGGGAAGAGCUUCAAUCAGUCAGUAAACCUGACUAAACACCAACGCAUACACACAGGAGAGAAGCCUUAUAGCUGUGAUCAGUGUGGGAAGAGCUUCAAUGAAUCAGGAAACCUGACUAAACACCAACGCAUACACACAGGAGAGAAGCCUUAUAGCUGUGAUCAGUGUGGGAAGAGCUUCAAUCAGUCAGUAAAGCUGACUACACACCAACGCAUACACACAGGAGAGAAGCCUUAUAGCUGUGAUCAGUGUGGGAAGAGCUUCAAUCAAUCAGGAAACCUGACUAUACACCAGCGCAUACACACAGGAGAGAAGCCUUAUAGCUGUGAUCAGUGUGGAAAGAGUUUUGCUCUAGAUUUCACCCUGACUGCACACCAGCGAAUACACACUGGAGAGAAACCUUAUUCCUGUCUAUGUGGAAAGAGCUUUGCUCAUUCAGGGUCACUGAAAAAACACCAGGAUGCACAAAUAUGUUGUUUUUUAUCUCCCUCCUCCGGCACCAGUUUCAGAUCUCUAAAUGAAGUUUCAAUAGAAACCAUAUUGUAAAGAGUCAUCCAUCUCCCAUUCGCAUUUUACCUUGGUAAGUCUGAUUACCAAGGUAAAAUGUGUAGCAUGAUAUGCAGCUCUGGAUCCAUAUGUAUCAAGCGUCUUGGAGUAGGAGUUCGGUAUCUUAUUUCAUUAACUCCUAUUGUCCAUUAAAUAAUGUAGAAUAAUGUUUCAACAAUUGUAGGUUCAUAUUAAUGUGUGAGGGAAAUGUUGUCUGAAGAAAGAGCCUUGAAUUGUACAUCUUGUCUCAUACAAUUAUUGGUUCCUGUUGGUGCUGGGUAGAGAUGUGAGGGGAGACGGUCAUGACCCCUCAGACCUUUUGGCAGAAUAUGUUCUAUAAGUUAAGAUAGGAGACAGUGCCAGUCACAUGCAGGAACCAAACGUCAAUGAUGAAUUAAUUAUGAAUAAUGUAAAUCAUGCAAAUAUAACUUGUCUGUGUAAACAGUAUAUAAGAGAACUAACGGGACUGCCCCGAAAGAGCUCCAGACCGUACUCUGGUGUUUUAGGUUUGUUGGAACCCCUCCAGCUUCCUGAUAAUAAAUAAUUAUUCAUUUAAGUUUUA